UUUUGAAGCUCCCGCUCAGGGUCGCUGACGCUGUCGCUCUCGGUGAGAGCCGUUCGAUCGCCCAUGACCGACCAUGCCUGCUUACUCUCCGCGCUGCAGGGCCUCUCCGAGCAGGAUCGCGCUCGGCUGCUCGCCCAGCUCGCGCCUGUGCCGCCUGCGCCGCAGCAGUCGCUCUCGCAAGGCUCCCAACAGGACAUCUCAGCCUCUCAAGCCUCGCAGUACGACGCCUACUGCCUCGACGACGACGCCUUCGCGCAAAUGGAGAUUCCGGGAGAAGUGCCGAUGAGUGCCCCGCCCGCAGCAGUGCCGGUGCCAGCGCCGCCCGCCCCCGUCGCGGCGGACGCUGCGUCGGGCGGCGGGCUCGUGCGAGACGAGGAGUGGCAGGCCAUCAUCAACACCGAGCUGCGCAAGGGCGAGCUGCUCGGCAUCGUCGCCGCCGCCGGCUCGGGCAAGUCGACGGUGCUGCAGGACUACGCGGCGCACCGGCGGAACCUCAGAUUCCUCUACCUCACGUUCAACAAGGACGUGCAGCGGGAGAAGCAGGACGAGUUCCGUCGCGCGCGGCUGAUCCACGUCGACGUCGUCACGACGCACUCGCUCGCCUACACGCCGACAAAGGCGCUGCACAAGGGCAACGUGAGCGGCAAGCUUUUCGUGCCGUGGGGGCUCCUACACGACGGCCGCCGCGACCCGCAGGACAAGAUGGCGGCGGUCAAGGCGGUCGACGCGGUGCUCAAGCUGUUCAUCGCCUCGGACGACGCCGAGAUCUCGGACUCGCACCGCGCGGGUCGGCCGCCGCGGCCGGGCGAGUGGGACGAGGUCGCGGCGGCGCGGCUGGUCUGGUCCGCCAUGUGCGACCCAAAGUGCGCCGAGGUGAAGCUGACGCACGACGGGUACGUCAAGGCCUUCCAGCUCGACAGCCGCGCGCAGGAGGCGGCGCUUCAGCGGUACGAUGUCGUCAUGCUAGACGAGGCGCACGACUGCACCGCCGCGCAGAUCUCCAUCGUCGAGCGCGCGAGCUGCGCCAAGCUCGUCGUGUACGACCCCCACCAGUGCAUCUACCAGUUCCGCGGGGCGCGGGACGCGAGCACGCUCGAGCUGCUUCCCGCGGUCGCGCACCGGCCGCUCACGCAGACGUGGCGGUACGGGGCGCCACUCUCCGACGCGGCCUCGGCGCUUGUGCAGCACUACAAGGGCGGCAGGUACUCCGACUUUUCCAUUCGCGGCAACCCGCACACCACGACGACGCUCCGCGUCGAGCCGGGCCGCGCGGCUGGCGCGUACAGCGGCGGGCAGCUCGUUGUGCUCGCGCGGCUCAACAAGACGCUCUUCGGCGAGGCGCUGGCGGUGGUUGCUCUCAAGCUCGGCAACUGGCACCAGAUCCCCGACAAGGCCUACUUUGUCAAGAGGUUUGCGAAGCACGGCCACGGCGGAGGGUACGAGGCGUUCAAGCAAGCCGUCGAGAAGGCUGGCGACGACCGCGUCGAGUACGCGGACGCCAUCGGCCUCGCGACGGUCUUCCAGCGUGACCGCGCGACCCUCAUCUUCUCGACGACGCAUCGGGCCAAGGGGCUCGGCUGGCAGAAGGUCUACCUGUGCGACGACUACAUUGCGCGCGGGCUGAGCGUGGCCGAGGCCGCCGAGGCGGCGAAGAAGGCGCUCUUGCAGCAAGGAGGCCGGCAUAGGAGCACUCUCGAGCUGGAGGAGGUCAACUGCCUGUACGUGGCGGCGACGCGCGCCAAGGAAGAGCUGCUCGUCGCCCCGAAGACAGCCUCGUGGCUCGGCCUCGCCGGCGUGCCCGAGUGCGAGGCGGAGUACAAGGCGCCGCCUCAGGCACGCGUCGCUCCGCCUCCGGCGGCCGUCGACUUCUGCGUUGGGGCGUCCUUGUCCUCCAGCCCGCUGCUCUCCUACUGCAGCACCGCCCCCGUGCGGCUGCCCGCCUCCUUCUCGUGCCCCUCGAGGGGUGCAGCGACCCUCCCCGUCAACGCUUACGUGCGCGGACACCAGUCGGGCCUGACCCUCGCCCAGCUCUGCGCGGCGGCGAGCCCGACCACCGUGUGCAAGCACCUGCGCGCCGGGCUGCUCCGCGGCGAAACCAUCGCGCUCGAGCGGCUCUCGCGCGAGGCGCAGCGCCCGCUCGAGGGGCGGCGCUUCGCCUUCCCCGACGCGAACCAGUGGCGCCUCUUGGCCUCCGCCGAGCGGGCGACGGGCGUGGAUGCGAGCGUCGAAGGCACAAGGCUCAAGCCGCUCGUGGAGCAGAUCCUGGGCGGCGACGCGCAGAGGUGCGACUCGGCGGCGCUCGGCGGCUGGUACGAGGCCGCUCGAUGGUACGCGACGCUGCGCUGCUGCGGCUUCUCGGGAGAGGGCGAGCCGCGGGCGCCGGCCCCGCCCGCGCCGGCGUCGUCGAGAAGAAAGCCCGCCAAGCCCGCCAAGCCCGCCGCCGCCUCGAGCGCGACGCCCAAGGCGACGCCCAAGGCCGGCGCGCGCAAGGGGGCCGCGCCGCCUUCUGGCCGCGGGUCGCGGCCGGAGGCGCGAGGCGCGAGGCGCGCUGCUGCCGUGCGCGGCGUGCCGCUACCGCAGCUGGCGGGCCGGCGCGUCGUCGUCGUGUACGAGGAGUGCGGCGGGCGAGUUGAGUACCCUGGCACGCUGCGGCGGUACGACGCGGCGCAGGGGCUGCUCGUGCACUUUGACGGAUACGCCGCCGGCGAGCCGGAUGGCGAGUGUUGGGUCGACGAGGCGGGUGAGGACGAGUGGCGCUGGGAGGGCGCGGCCGCGGCCGCCGCGCCGGAGGACGGUGCGGAGGAGGAAGUGACGCUCCUCGGCUCCCGCUCGCUCGAGGAGCGCAACGCGAUCGGCUUUGCCAACGCCAUCUCCGUCGAGGAGGGCGGGCAGCUGGACGGGCAGGCUGCUCAGGAGGCCAAGGAGAAGGAGGAGAAGGAGGAGGCGCCUCGCUCGUCGAGGCGGGCGCGCAGGAAGUCCAGCAAGGCGUUGGAGUCGGUGGCGGCGGCAGAGGUGGCGAAGGAGAACCGCAGCCCGUCCAUCGGCGGCGGCAAGCGGCGCUGCCGGUGAAAGACGAGAAGGUCUCUGCUGUCGCGACGAGCUGCCGCGGCGGCGGUGCGCGACCCCGGACCCCGCGCCUCGACGACGCGACCGCGACCCGCACGUACGGCCCGUCGCCGGACGCCGCCCGUCCUGCCGCCCGUCCCGACACCAAGUGCUCCAAAAGUGCUCCCCAAGGCCAAGCGUGUGUUGUGUGUAGCUGCAGAGCUCGCCCCUACGGCUGGUCUAACUCUCUAUAUAGAGUCUC